AUGGUAUGUUUUGGACAAGAUAUUCAACCUAAACGUGAUCUUACUCGUUUCGUAAAAUGGCCCCAGUAUGUUCGUUUGCAAAGACAGCGCAAGAUCCUUAAUCAACGUCUCAAAGUUCCACCUACGAUUCAUCAAUUUACUCGUGUCUUAGACAAGAACACAGCCACUCAAGCCUUCAAGCUUCUCGACAAGUAUCGUACCGAAACCAAAGUAGAUAAAAAAAAACGUCUCUUGGCUGCCGCCACAGCAAAAACCGAGGGCAAAAAAUAUGAACCCAAAAAACCCUAUGUAGUAAAAUACGGCAUCAACCACAUCACUGCGUUAGUCGAAGCCAAAAAGGCUAAAUUGGUCUUGAUCGCUGAUGACGUUGACCCAAUUGAAAUUGUGCUCUGGUUGCCGGCUCUUUGUCGUAAGAUGCAAGUCCCCUAUGGAAUUAUCAAGAGCAAAUCUCGAUUGGGAACUGUCGUUCGUAAAAAGACGGCGACUGCUUUGGCGUUUGUUGAUAUUCGUGAUGAGGAUAAAAGUUCAUUGAAUAAUUUGGUAAAUGUGAUAAAGAGUAAUUAUAAUGACAAGUUUGAUGAAAUUCGAAGACAAUGGGGUGGUGGUAUCAUGGGUGUUAAAUCUCAAGCAAUGAUGGCAAAGAGAGAAAAAGCUGCUGGUAGAGAAGCAAAGAAGUUCGAGGUCUAA